CAACAAGCAGUUCAACUUCUCAAUUAUAAUCACAUGAACUUUGGUGUUUACAACUGGAUAAGGGAGAUCAAAUGGUGGGAGUGAAGAUUUGAAGAAGUGUCAUACCAGUGGAUAGGAAGACAACUGGAUAAGAAGCGUGUCUUAGAGGACACAUGUCUAGCCCCCAUACAAUGGAAAAAAGUGAUUGAUCUUUGUGUCUCUUCUCUUCCUCUUCUUCUUCCUCUCUGCGUCUCUUUUCUUACUCUCUGUGUCUCUAUCUCUUCAUCUUUUUGUCUCUUCUUCUUUUUCUUCCAGAUUGAUUCUCAAUCACUCAAUUAUAUUUGAUUGAUAGAAUUUAAUUUUUGGUGGAUGAGGAUGAAGAAGAAGCUUGACAGAGGAGGAUGGGGAAGAAGCCGUCGGCGGUGGAGGCUUCAGCCAGGAUGACGGCGGCGAGAAAGCGGCGAAGAAAAAGUUAAGAGGCAUAGAGGAACAUACAAAGAAGAUGGGAGGAGAAGUGAGAAGAAGGAAAAUAAAUCUCACAAGCACCACCGAUCAAGUUCAUGUUUUUGUUUUGGUGUGUAGUGAGCUAGAAAGCCAAAAAAGGAUGUCGUUUACGCAGCAGAAAUGGAGGGUGUGCGAGAAGACAGUGUACGCUAUGGAGCUUCUCUCAGCUGAUGGUGUCCCUUUUCAGAAGUCUUGCUUCAAGUGUUCUCACUGCAAAUCCACCCUUCAAGCUACACAAUUGAGGUUGAUUUAUUCUUCGACUAAUGGUGAAAGAUCCAAGAAUGUAGGGAAGGGCUGUUGAUCUUUCCUUUGUGUUCAUGUUGAUCCAAGAAUGCAUGAAAGGGAUUACAAGUAUUCUUGAGUUUAUAUCUUGAAUACGAUAGAGAAUUUUGAUGUGUGUAGAUAUUUUAUAGGAACUAUAAAUCAAUAAGUAAGAUAGAGAAAUCUAGUGUAAAUAAAAUAAACUCAA